CUUCUUCUUCUUCUUCCCUCUUUUCUUCAGAGCGUUGGAGAUUCGACGCCUCUGCUGGUUAGCCCUCUUUCCAAUCUCCACCUCCCAGAGAUUCCCGAAAUUUCAAUUGCAUCCGUCAAGGACCAAACUGCAAAUUAGCUCAGAGAUUGAAUUGCGCAUCCAUGGCCGGCAAUAAUGCUGCUGGAGUAGAUAAUACGUUCAGAAGGAAAUUCGAUCGAGAAGAGUUCUUGGAGCGAGCUCGUGAGCGUGAAAGACAGGAGGAGGAGGGAGGACCGCAUAAAUCCAAAUCGAAAGGCCCGCCAGUGCAAAGGAAGCCAUUGAAGCACCGGGAUUAUGAAGUGGAUCUCAAUUCUCGCUUGGGGAAAACACAGGUUGUUACUCCAAUAGCACCUCUAAGCCAGCAGGCUGGAUACUAUUGUUCGGUUUGUGAGUGUGUUGUAAAAGAUUCUGCAAACUACUUGGAUCAUAUCAAUGGCAAGAAACAUCAAAGAGCUUUGGGUAUGUCUAUGCGGGUGGAGCGGGCAUCUCUCCAACAGGUUCAGGAACGAUUUGAAAAGCUCAAGAAGCGGAAAACUGAUGGCACUUUCACAGAGCAAGAUCUUGAUGAGCGGAUCUUGAAGCAGCAGCAAGAAGAGGAAGAGCGGAAGCGCCAGCGUCGAGAAAGGAAGAAAGAGAAGAAGAAAGACAAGGUAGUCGAAGAGGAAACCGAAAUUGAUCCUGAUGUUGCAGCUAUGAUGGGAUUUGGUGGAUUCGGUUCGACCAAGAAGUGAUCAUUUCAUGCUAAGUUCAACUUUCACAGCUUCUUUUCGAAUCUGAGUGAUUUCUAUAUAUAUAUUUGGUUCCUGAGUGACCCACUGUACCAUACGAACCACUCAAUUUAGGCGUUCGGACUUGUACACAACGUAGGUUCGUGGGAAAAUGGAAGAGAUUUUACGCAAAGAUUCAUAAUGCA